ACCUUCCAGUGGCGAAAGGCAUUGGUGCUGCAACUUCUGCUUCUGUUGUCAAGACUCUGGGUCGCAGGUCCCGCCGCCAACUCGGCGAACGUGUCCACUUCUGUGUCCGAUGUGAUUUCCCUAUUGCUGUUUAUGGGCGCCUGGUAUGCUGUUGACAUUGUUGAUGGCAUGGCUCUUCUGGUUGUUAACUUUUGUAAUCAUGUUAUUUGAAUUGAUUACCGCACAUAAUAUAUCCUGAAAAAGGAGCGUGGGGCAUCAGUUUCUACGAGGUUUUUCUAUGCGAUCACUAAAGAGAAACAUAAUUUGUUGAACGGAUCGAUGCGAAGAAGGAACGUCUUUGUUUCUAUAUGUGUGCCCCUUCUUUAUUUAGGAUGGGGCCUGAAUUUCACUCUUAUGGAACACUUGUCAUCGGCCCAGCAUUUAUCUCAAAAGUUGAGGUCGGCCACAUGGGUUUACGAGAAAAUAAAUGGAAAUCCACUACUGUAUUCGUUUCCGCCAUACAUGAGUCUAUGAGAAAAUCAAUGAGAAUCUAUUACAUGUAUUUGUUUCUUAGCAUUGUACUUUCAUUAACUUGUAUUAAAUAUAUAUAUUUUCUUACUAUUUCAAAUUAUGUCUUUUUAGGUCUUCUUUUACUACUCUCCCCAAUACACAUUCUGUCAAUUCUCCUCACCGUCGCAUCUACAUUGCACUUGUUCGUACCAUCUUAAACGGUUUUCUUGCUACUUAUUUUCAAUUGGUUCUACGCCUAUUUAAUAAUCUCAUUUUGUUAAUCCUAUCUUCCCUUGUGUGGCCAUACAUCCAAUGAAGCAAAUGUAAAGUCAACAAUGAGAAACCUAAAUCUAAAGUCAAGCUUGGGGCCUUGGGCAGUCUGCUUGUUAAUGGAAGGAGGGACAAUAUCAUAUGCAUAUUUUUGAAAGAGAUAACUUAUCGUGUUGGAUGUUGAGAGUCUUCUUUGCUUUUCUUGAUAUUAAUGUGCAUACAUGACUUUGUUUGUUUGAGAUGAUUAAAUAUGUGAUGCAGUUUUAGAGAGAGAGUUUUCCCUGUGGUGAUGUGGUAGUAAUCUACAAUUCAUGACAGCUUUUCUUAUGUGUUUCAUCGAUAAUAAUCUUUAUCAAUCUUAUUUAAGCAAUUGGUUUCUAUCAUUUUGUACAAAAAAUUGUUAUUGGUUUUGUAGAUACACUGGAGGUGCAUGAUUUUUUUCGUAACCAUUUUGAUUGCUAUCCAAUUGAGCCCUUGUGACCAUGCCUUCUGUCUCGAUUGUGCCAGGAGCGACUCAAUUUGCUAUCUAUGUGAUGAACGUGUUCAAAAGAUCCAGACGAUAAAAAUGAUGGAGGGAAUUUUCAUCUGUGCUGCCCCUCACUGUCUGAAGUCAUUUUUAAAGAGGACUGAAUUUGAAUCUCAUAUUCAGGAGAGCCAUGCUGACCUUCUACAGCCCAAUGCAGAUAAAGAAGAUGGUAAUGAAUCAGAGGCUCAGAGUGCAAAACAACAAACACCUUCUGAAUCCACUGCUCGAGGUCCUGCAAGGUCAGUUAUCUCUCCUGCUUCAAAUUCUCAGAUCCAUGAUCGUGAAGACAAAGCUCGUCGGCAGCAGCCUCUAAGGCCACUCAUGCCACCAAAGCAACCUUUUCCUGGCCAAGUUCAAAAUUUUCCAUCAGAGGCCCAUUUUGAUAGUAACCGGACCCCUGGCUUCGACCUCCCUGUCCCCCACAACCCCUUUCAACAAAGCUUUGAGACACAAGAAUCUGGGCAGUUUUCAGAUAAGCAGCAAGGGAUUUUACCUGAGACCCUCUACCCAGGAUACCCAUCAAUGCAUUCAAUUCAGCCACCAAAUUUUGUUAUCCCAUUGAAUUUAAAUCCAUUUAUGAGUUCCCCAUUUGGUGUUCCUCCUUAUCCAGCUGAGGGAAGUCAGCCAUUCUAUGGUACUCCCUACGAGAUGGGACAUAAUGCUAGGCCAGAUACAGCAGCUGAAAGAGUCCCUGAACCAGGUUCUUUACUGGGGUUCCCACCAGGCACAGCAGGGGGUGUGAAUUUUUCAGCAAAUUACCCUCAACCCUGGACUGCUGAACCAGCUGUCAUGCCUUUUGAAUCUGUACCGGGAGGUCAAGGAAUGUCUGAUGGUUUUACAAAAAUGUCAGACGCCCAGGGAAAAGUUUCAUUUUAUCAAGAUGACUAUGGACGGAAUCCAGGAGGAUUACCCAUGGUUCCUCCCCCACCUCUGGUCAACAAACCGAUGGAAGCUAUGCAAGCUGGUAAUUCCAUGGAUCCCAGAGUAAAUUACAGAAACAUUUUAAACUUUACUAGAGUCUAAGAAACAUAUGGACUGCAUAUUGCAAUGGUCCUUGGGUAUCUGAACAUCAAUGUGGCUACCACUACCAGUAUUUCAAAAAAAAAAAAAAAACCACUAUUGGGAUUGAA